CCUCACACAAAGGCGCAGCGCAGGGAAAAUGGCGGCGACGGCGGCGGUGGCGGCGGCCCCGGAGAGCGGCGGCGGCAAGAUGGAGGAGCCGGCGGCGGCCGCGGCGGCCUCGGCGGCUCCCCCGCCGCCCCCCAACGGGACGGGCAGUGCCGGGGAUGCGCCCCCCAAGAGUGAAAGUGAACGACCAAGCCAAAAUGAAAAAAGAAAAGAGAAAAGUGUCAAAAGAGGAGGAAAUCGCUUUGAGCCGUAUGCUAACCCUGCUAAGAGAUACCGAGCUUUUAUUACAAAUAUUCCCUUUGACGUCAAGUGGCAGUCUCUGAAAGACCUGGUCAAAGAGAAAGUUGGUGAGGUAACAUACGUGGAGCUCUUAAUGGACGCUGAAGGAAAGUCAAGGGUAAGUGUUUGAGAGAUUUCUUCUGUGGAUUUUCUACAUGACAAAUGUAACUGUAUGGUGGCGUGGAACGAAACGAAGUCAGGAAGGUAGAGAGUGUGUAUGUUUAGUGGCUAUAACAGGUUCUUUUGGGGAGGG